AACCCACAAUCAGGGGAAGUCUGAGAGUAUUAAGGGCCCUCAGGCAGUGCCCAAUUGACCAACUGCUCAGUCCACCCCUGUCCACAAUACAGAAUUUUUUUUUUUUUAUACAAUAUGUGUGCCACUCGGAUAUGCCUCAACCAGCAACAAAUAUUCCAAGUGUUGUGUAGAAAAUAUAUCUGCAUUGAAUAUUUCCUACACAUAUAAACAGAGUCCCAUGAGAUGGAUAUCACAAGACAGGAAAUUGAACCAUUAUAGACUAUAUCCACAGACAUCAGUUUUGAGAGAUUUCUUCAGAGUUAAUAUGGAGGAUGGUAAUCACUCAGACACUUCCAACACAACUGUUUCUGAGAAUAUAAAUUCUGUUAAACAGAUAUCAAGUGCUGAGGAAGCUUUAUCUCAUAAAGAAAAGUCAUCAAAGACGGAUAUUAAUUGUGAAAUUUGUGGAAAAUCUUUUAUGAAUUCUAGUAAGUUAAAAAAACACAAAAGAUUACAUUCUAGAGAAAAACAAUUCCAAUGUGAAAUUUGUGGAAAAUCACUGAAUCAGAAGUCGCAUCUUGUUGUCCACGUCCGUAGCCACACGGGAGAAAGGCCCUAUCACUGUGAAAUAUGUGGAAAAAGAUUCGUUGAUAACAGUACUUUAAAAACUCACAAACAAACUCACACCAGGGAAAAAUCUUUCGACUGUGAAAUAUGUGGAAAGUCGUACACUCGGAAUGCUCGCCUUGUCAUCCACAAACGUUGUCACUCCGGAGAAAGACCUUUCCGCUGUGGAACAUGUGGUAAAACAUUUGUUGAUAAUGGAUACUUGACAAAUCACGAACGAAUUCAUUCUGGAGAAAAACCAUUCCGGUGUGAAAUUUGCGGAAAAUCUUUUAACCAGAAUUCCAAACUCGUUUCCCACAUACGUAUUCACACUGGAGAAAAACCAUAUCGCUGUGAAACAUGUGGCAAAUCUUUUAUUAAUAAUACUUAUUUAACAUGUCACAAGAGAUUCCACACCGGGGAAAAACUGUUCCGCUGUGCCACAUGUGGGAAGUGCUUUGACAAUAACGCCAAACUUGUUGUCCAUGUACGAAGUCACACAGGAGAAAAACCUUUCCUUUGUGAGACAUGUGGGAAAUCUUUCGUUAAGAAUUCUCAUCUUGUGGUUCACAAAAGGGUCCACACUGGGGAAAAGCCCUUCCGUUGUGAAAUUUGUGGGAAACCUUUUCCUGUCCAUUUUAAUUUGGUUGCUCAUAAGAGGACCCACACUGGGGAAAGACCCUAUAAUUGCGACGUAUGUGGGAAAUCCUAUUUUAAUAAAUCGCACCUCGUCGGUCACAAAAGAGUACACACGGGGGAAAAACCGUUCUUCUGCGACACAUGUGGGAAGUCUUUUUUCUCCGGCAGUAAUUUAAAAAGACACAAAAUGUUACACUCCGGGAAAAAAACUUUCCGCUGCGAAAUAUGUGGAAAAUCCCAUGUCACCAAUAGUGAUUUAAAAAGGCACAUACGAAGACACGUGGGAGAUAAGACUUUCCACUGUGAAGUCUGUGGAAAAUCGUUCUUCGAUAAUUCCGAUCUUAUUGUUCAUAUCCGUAGUCACACCGGAGAAAGACCUUAUCAUUGUGACACCUGUGAGAAAUCAUUUAUGUGUAGAAGCAACUUGAAUAGACACAAACGAACCCACACAGGAGAGAAGCCUUUUAAUAAUGGAACAUGAGAAAUUCUUCCCUUGUAAAUUUAAACUUUUAGUCCCAUGAAAUAUAACUUUAACAGAAGAUUUCAUCAUCAUCAUCAUCAUCGUUUAACGUCCGUUUUCCAUGCUAGCAUGGGUUGGAGAGUUUGACCGGGGUCUGGGAAGCCAGGAGGCUGCACCAGGCUCCAGUCUGAU